AUGUCGGUCGAUUCUGUCGUUGCUAUUGCGUAUGAUGUCUUCAAAAGCUGUGUAGUUGAUCCCGUCAAGCGUCGAUUCAGAUACGUGAUCUCCUCCAAGAGCUUCGCCGACGAUCUUCGGGAGGAAGUCCGGAACCUGGAGAAGGAGGCUCAGAGGGUCCGCAUUUUGGCAGAAGUGGCCCGAAACAACCUUCGGAAUUUCUAUGGUUACUUUCCAGAGUGGCAGCAAAGUACUGACAAGGCCUUGGAGGAGGCGGGAGACCUGUUGGGCGACAUGGGUGAGGCGAGCAAGACUUGCUGCCACGGGACUCUUCCCGACGCCAAAUGUCGCUAUCAGUUCAGCAGGAAGGCCGAGGACAAGAUCAAGGUCAUUAAGCAACUCGCUCAAAAAGGCAGCGGAUUCAAGGAAUUGAACGACAUCUCCUUCACUGAUCCUGCUCCGGGAAAUGUCACUGCUACGAAUCCAGCCAGGAGAGAAGGCAAAGAUGUCGUCCAGUCGACCACCGCAACGGCCUCCGCUUCUUCUGCCUCGACGUCAAAUGAGCUUAGUGAGGAUGGCGUCUUCGAAUCCAGAACUGCGAUCAUAAGGGACAUAAUGGGCGCUCUUGCCGAUAACAGCAAUAGUGUGGUCGGGGUUUACGGGAUGGGUGGGGUCGGCAAGUCAACCCUUUUGGAGCAUGUCGAAGGGGAAAUAAGGAAAGAGAAGUUAUUUGAUCUGGUCCCUAAGGCCGACGUGACGGAAAAUCUAGACAUCAAGAGGAUUCAAGAAGAGAUUGCACACGCGUUGGGCCUUAGCGACUUAAAGAACGAAAGGUACACCAGCGUGCGAGCGGAACUUCUGCGUAAGAGGUUGGAAAAAGAAGAGCAGGAGAAAAAGAAGGUCCUCAUAAUACUGGACAACUUGUGGAAAGGGCUUGACUUGAAAUCCGUUGGAAUUCCUUGCGGGCAUGACAACAAAGUCAUGGGAUGCAAGUUGUUAUUGACAUCGAGAGACCGAAAUGUUUUGCAAAGGGAAAUGGGCUGUGACAAGGACUUCUUUCUUGAUAGGCUGGAGGAGAAAGAGGCAAAAAUAUUGUUUGAGAGGAUGGUGGGAGAUAAAGUUCAUAAUGAUGAGUUCAGACCCAUGGUGAAUGAAGCACUCCGCAAAUGUGCAGGUUUGCCUUUGUUAAUUGUCACGAUGGCGAAACAUUUCAGAUGCGGUCGUUCACCUGAAUGGAGGAAUGCUUUAAAUCAAAUUGUGCGGUGUUCAAACAAAGGGUUAAGUGCAAUGAUCAAUAUGAUGUUGCAAUUAAGUUAUGAUCAUUUAGAAAGUGAGGAGGCAAAAAAUUUGUUACAACUAUGUGUUGCUUGUGGCGCCUCUAAUCCGUCUGUUGAAAAUUUGGUGAGGUAUGGCUAUGGUUUAGGGAUAUUUCAAAAAGAUAGCAGCAUGGAAGAUGCUAGAGAUGAGGUGAGCACACUCAUCCAAACUCUUCAAGCCUCCUCCCUUCUAUUGGACAAUGGAGGUGCCAAUGCUUUCAAGAUACAUGACUUGGUUCGCGAUUUUGUUGCUCAGUUCAUUUUAAAAGAUCGGCCUGUUCUCGUGUUGAAAGAUAAAGAUGUGUUGGCAACACAAUUGCAGAAUGAGAGGCUCAAAAGUUGUUGGCGAUAUGCUUUCCCUAUAUUGAUAUGA